AUGUACAGAGAAAAAUCUCUGUUAUAUAAGAUUCAUUUAUUUGUUUGUUUUCAAAUUUCAAGAACUGCUCUUCCGGGUCACCUGACGCGACUAUGUGCUGAAGAAACUCAAGGGAAGUCACUGUCGACUGCCACCACCAGGAGCAGCUGGGACCGCCCCCCCAGCCCAGCCUCCCAUGCCCUGCGGUUGGACAAGACCUUCAAGCAGUGCCGCACCUUCGUACAAAGAGUAGACGUCCAACUUAUCCAAGAGCAGCAUCCUACCAAAAUCCCGGUGAUAACAGAAUGCUACAAGGGUGAGAAGCAGCUUCCCGUCCUGGAUAAAACCAAAUUCCUUGUAUCUGAUCACGUCAACAGGAGUGAGCUCAUCAAGAUAAGCAGAAGAUGCUUACAGUUCAACACUAAUCAAGCCUUCUUCCUGUUAGUGAAUGGACACAGCACAGUGAGCAUGUCCACACCUAUUUCUGAAGUGUAUGAAAGUGAGCAGGAUGAAGAUGGAUCCCUGUAUAUGCUAUGUGCCUCUCAGGAGACAUCUGGGAUGAAAUUGUCAGUGUAAGACUAGAAAAAUGUGUCUGUUCUAGAAUUUUUUAAACCCUUACCAAGGAAAAACAAAGGGAUGUUACCAACUUAGAUUAAUCCGUUCCUCUAAUCACAGAUCAUCAAAACAGUAGUGUUCCUGCCUAGGAGUUUUAGGAAGUUGUUUUUGCACUUAAAGCAGAAAAACUGAGCUGCAGAUGAACACAUUCAGCUUUGGAAAACUAUUAUUAUUUAACCUAGGCUGUCUUGUUUUCAAAUUUAGAAGUUCAAAAAUAAAAUACUUUGCAUUCUGAGUUGCCAAUA